UAAGGAGGAAGAUGCGACGGCCAUGGAGAACAGAGCUGGGCUUCUUCACGCCAUUCAGCAGAUGUGACUGAUUUACACACAUUUACGUGUAUUUACGUCCACCCACCGGGGAAUGUGGGGUUAAAGGUCAGCUGUGGUACCGACGGGACGGCUUCCGGUCCGGUUCCCGUUCAGUCUGUGCUUGUGUUUGUUGUGUUGAGUCGUGUGAUGGAUGUCGGGCCCAUGGCGCUUCUCUGGAGGUGAAGUCACUCCCUGAAAAUGUACAGCUGGGUCUUCACUGGAGGUGUUGCUGAGUGAACGAUGUACGAGCGAUGUCUGAUGUUGAGGCCACGUAUGCGGACUUCAUCGCCUCCGGCCGGACUGGACGCAGGAACGCCAUGCACGACAUCCUGCAGAGUCCCACCGACCCCGAAGGACGAGAGCUGCCCCUCACCCUGUCUCUGUCCCAGCUGCACAUCAACGCCGGAGGGGGAGAUGGAGACGACACCGAGGACAGCCAGAGCUCCUCCUCGGCCCAGAGGGAGGCGGAGCAAAGGAACAGUUAACCUGCCACACACUCCGGCCAGCGGCGGCGGCGGCAUAAAUCCAUCCAUAAAGAAGCGAAGGCCUGUUGCUGGAGGGUAGCUGUGAUGUGCUGCGGCUGAGGCUCCAUUAAAGGCACUGACUCUGUAAAAAUAAUCCACCGUAGGGUCACUCUGCUGCGAUUCGGUCACCCAGCGCUCCUCUGAACAGGAGAAGAACCCCACUGUGUACUUUCAGGAGCCGGGGGCGGGGUAUCGAUGUUCCUGUAAAGCUGAUUUUACGUUCAGUCUUAGCUACUAAACACACACGGAGACGACGACAGACG